AGUAACGUGUAUUCCUCAUGCCUGAGUCCUUCAAAGCAAAGACGGCCUCCAUCAUGAGGUUCCUCAUAUACAGCUGCGCUCUUUUGUCUUUCAUCACUGCGGAAGGACAACGUGCAAAUAAUAUGGGGCCCUGUGUCUUCCCUUUUAUUUACAAGGGUAAGACUUAUUCCUCAUGCACAACAGCUGGGGACUCAGCUGGGAAGCUCUGGUGCUCUCUCACCAGCAACUAUGAUGAGGAUUCCAAAUGGACAUACUGUGAUGCAUCAGAUCCCCAGCCAUGCCACUUUCCCUUCAUUUACAAGGGGAAAUCCUACUCUGUAUGCACCAAGGAGGGAAAUGGAGAUGGGCAACUGUGGUGUGCCACAACGGCCAACUAUGACAACGACAGUAAAUGGAAGGCAUGUUCCCUUCAUGAGUAUCAAGGGAACUCCAACGGGCAGGCCUGCGUCUUCCCUUUUGCCUACAGGAACCGAACAUUCUACACCUGCUCUGAUGAACAUUCGGUGAAUGGGAUAUUUUGGUGUGCCACCACUGGAAGUUAUGACAAAGACAGGAAGUGGAGUUUCUGUGCAGACACAAGACAACGUGCAAAUAAUAUGGGGCCCUGUGUCUUCCCUUUUAUUUACAAGGACAAGAUUUACUCCUCAUGCACAACAGCUGGGACAAGCUCUGGGAAGCUCUGGUGCUCUCUCACCAGCAACUAUGAUGUGGAUUCCAAAUGGACCUACUGUGAUCCCUCAGAACACCUCCCAUGCCACUUUCCCUUCAUUUUCAAGGGGAAGUCCUACUCUGCAUGCACCAGGGAGGGAGCUGGAGAUGGACAAUUGUGGUGCGCUACAACACCUGACUAUGACAAGGACAGUAAAUGGAAGGCAUGUUCCCUUCAAGAGUAUGGAGGAAACACUAAUGGCUGUGCCUGUGCCUUCCCCUUCAUCUACAAGAACCAGACGUUCUACACUUGUACCAACGAAGAUGAUAAGCAAGGGCGAUUCUGGUGUGCCACAACUGAGAACUAUGAUAAGGAUAAGCUGUGGAACUACUGUGCUGAUACAAGACUAGAUUCAAAUCCUACAGGGCCAUGUGUUUUCCCUUUCAUCUUUGAAGAAGAGUUGUAUUCAUCCUGCACGACAGAUGGAUCACCUAAUGGAAAACCCUGGUGUUCUCUCACCAGCAACUAUGAUAUGAAUCCCAAGAGGACUUAUUGUGAGGCAUCAGGUGACAAGCUCCAGCUCACGGAAGACCCUGGUGAUUCCACCGAUGAACACUCACCAUGACCCAGUGUUCAUGUGGUUCUACCCUGUUCGCUUCAUACUACACAUUUUUUUCAGCUUGCCAGCUCAGCUUUGCCUCCCAAGCCCUCGUCUCUGUGUCUCCCACCAUCAGACAUGAGGUGGAUAGUGCCCAGAGACAGGUCGUUUUCUGUGGAGGAACACUUUUGUGCAACACUCUUCUCCUUGGGGCUCACGUGCUCUCUUUUAAGCCAAAAGGCUUAUUUUUGGCCAGGCUUUUAAUUAACAGGUUGAUCUUUUACCAGCACCAGCUUCUAGCCUGAGACCUGUUUUAUGAGACUUGUUCUAAGUUGCUCAUUUUUAUGCUCACCUGGGUUUUUAAUGCUGAGCUUUUAAUAGUUUAUCAUUGUUAACUUCUAUGGCAUUUUACAUUUCAUUAUGUUUUACUUUGCAAGUUGCCUCAAGUAAGUUCUCUGGAGAGGCAGCUCUGAAAUUUUCUAAAUAAAUAAAGAAAAUGAAACUCUC